AGUUUAAUAUUUAUGAAAUGUCACACACACACGCACGCACACACACCACAAAGUCUUUAGGCUCCAGUUACAAGCGCUGCGUCAUCUGCCAGAUCACAUGGUAAUUGUUGCUAUUUCAAGGAUCAAGUGGCAUAAAGCUCUCCCCUCCACCUCCACCCCACCCCUUUCCUUUGGCACCAUACAGCGUGCAAGAGUGAUUAUUAUGUGAUGAGGUGAGACCAGGCUUACUGGUCAAACCCUCCCAGCCAGAAAGCAGGCUCUCGGUGGGGUGGCGCGCGCGCCGUGUUCUCACGAAGUGAUUGGGAAAGGGGGACGGGGGAGGGGGUCUCAGGGGAGGAAGGGCAGCUCUAAUUGGUUUCUCAAUGAAAGAUAAUCACCUAUUCCCCGGAGAGACUGGCGAUUAGCACUCUGCCUCUCCUCUCCUUCGCUUUUAGACUUCUCAUCCUCCCCUCGGUGCUUUUAGUCCCUUCAGCAGAAGCGGAUCGAAGAAAGCGGCUUCUCGCGCCGCACUAGGAGCAGCACCGCUGCGCUAGAGUACUUAGCGCCCGUUCACUCGCUCACUCCGCGCUCGCCUCGCCAGGCUGUCGUCCCCGCCGCCGCCGCCGCCGCCGCCGCCGCCCGAGACAAAGUUUCGCGGAGGGGCUCAGGGAAAACAUGAGCGAGCUAGAGGAAGACUUUGCCAAGAUUCUCAUGCUCAAGGAAGAGAGGAUCAAAGAGCUGGAGAAGCGGCUGUCAGAGAAGGAGGAAGAAAUCCAGGAGCUGAAGAGGAAGCUCCAUAAGUGCCAGUCGGUGCUGCCCGUGCCCUCGACCCACAUCGGCCCCCGGACCACCCGGGCACAGGGCAUCUCGGCCGAGCCGCAGACGUACAGGUCCUUCCACGACCUCCGACAGGCAUUCCGGAAGUUCACCAAAGCCGAAAGGUCCAAGGAUCUUAUAAAGGAAGCCAUCCUUGACAAUGACUUUAUGAAGAACUUGGAGCUGUCGCAGAUCCAAGAGAUUGUGGACUGUAUGUACCCAGUGGAGUACGGCAAAGACAGUUGCAUCAUCAAAGAAGGAGAUGUGGGGUCGCUGGUGUAUGUCAUGGAAGAUGGUAAGGUUGAAGUUACAAAAGAAGGUGUGAAGCUGUGCACGAUGGGUCCAGGAAAAGUAUUCGGGGAGUUGGCUAUUCUUUACAACUGUACCCGGACGGCGACCGUCAAGACUCUUGUAAAUGUGAAACUCUGGGCCAUUGAUCGACAAUGUUUUCAAACAAUAAUGAUGAGGACAGGACUCAUCAAGCAUACCGAGUAUAUGGAAUUUUUAAAAAGUGUGCCAACAUUCCAGAGCCUUCCUGAAGAGAUACUCAGUAAGCUUGCUGACGUCCUUGAAGAGACCCACUAUGAAAAUGGGGAAUAUAUCAUCAGGCAAGGUGCAAGAGGGGACACCUUCUUUAUCAUCAGCAAAGGAAAGGUAAAUGUCACUCGUGAAGACUCGCCAAGUGAAGACCCAGUCUUUCUUAGAACCUUAGGAAAAGGAGAUUGGUUUGGAGAGAAAGCCUUGCAGGGGGAAGAUGUCAGAACAGCAAACGUAAUUGCUGCAGAAGCUGUAACCUGCCUUGUGAUCGACAGAGACUCUUUCAAGCAUUUGAUUGGAGGACUGGAUGAUGUUUCUAAUAAAGCAUAUGAAGAUGCAGAAGCUAAAGCAAAAUAUGAAGCUGAAGCUGCUUUCUUCGCCAACCUGAAGCUGUCUGAUUUCAACAUCAUUGACACCCUUGGAGUUGGAGGUUUCGGACGAGUAGAACUGGUCCAAUUGAAAAGUGAAGAAUCCAAAACGUUUGCAAUGAAAAUUCUCAAGAAACGCCACAUCGUGGAUACGAGACAGCAGGAGCACAUCCGCUCGGAGAAGCAGAUCAUGCAGGGGGCUCAUUCCGAUUUCAUAGUGAGAUUAUACAGAACAUUUAAGGACAGCAAAUAUUUGUAUAUGUUGAUGGAAGCUUGCCUAGGUGGAGAGCUCUGGACCAUUCUCAGGGAUCGAGGUUCAUUUGAAGAUUCUACAACCAGAUUUUACACAGCAUGUGUGGUAGAAGCUUUUGCCUAUCUGCAUUCCAAAGGAAUCAUUUACAGGGACCUCAAGCCAGAAAAUCUCAUCCUAGACCACCGAGGUUACGCCAAAUUGGUUGAUUUUGGCUUCGCAAAGAAAAUAGGAUUUGGAAAGAAAACAUGGACUUUCUGUGGGACUCCAGAGUAUGUAGCCCCAGAGAUCAUCCUGAACAAAGGCCAUGACAUUUCAGCCGACUAUUGGUCACUGGGAAUCCUAAUGUAUGAACUUCUGACUGGCAGCCCACCUUUCUCAGGCCCAGAUCCUAUGAAAACCUAUAACAUCAUAUUGAGGGGGAUUGACAUGAUAGAAUUUCCAAAGAAGAUUGCCAAAAAUGCUGCUAAUUUAAUUAAAAAACUAUGCAGGGAUAAUCCAUCAGAAAGAUUAGGGAAUUUGAAAAAUGGAGUGAAAGACAUUCAAAAGCACAAAUGGUUUGAGGGCUUUAAUUGGGAAGGCUUAAGAAAAGGCACCUUGACACCGCCUAUAAUACCAAGUGUUGCAUCACCCACAGACACAAGCAAUUUUGACAGUUUCCCUGAGGACAAUGACGAACCACCACCUGAUGACAACUCAGGAUGGGACGUAGACUUCUAAUGUAUUUCUCUUACCUGCUUCUGCCUUGCUGGAGACAGCUUUUUCUGAGACACAGCUGCCAGCAAACCUGAAGGAAAGAGAGAAGAUUAGUGCUCGGGGUCACCAUGAUGCCUUUGAUCGAUGCUGCUCCAGUAACUACAGUGGCAUUAGGACUUAUUGCUUAGACGACAAUAGUGCUCUUUACAUGUUUUCUGUUUGAACCUAAAAAUAGCAGUUGACAUGGUGGUCCUGAAGCAAAGCCUUUCACCAGUCAAGAAAUGUUUUCUAUUGUUGCAAUGAUCUUGCUUUGCUCUGAUUAUAAUUUGAAAGACAGACUUCAAAGAGAGUCAGUACCUUGCUAGAAUUAUCAUCAAGAAGAUCAAAAAAUAAUAUAUUGGGUACGAUAGAUUAGAUUACUGUGGUACAAAAACUGGACUCUUCCCUUUCUUCAAGUGAGGGUUGUAGACUCUAUUACUGCAAGCUGGUGUAAAUACCGUGUACAAGAGGACCACACAUCUGCUGGUCACAGAGUUCAUGUCAAACCAGUGCUAGAAGUUUCAUGAUUUUCUUUCCCAGCAGUGCUGAUGACGAGACUGAAUGUUACCUUUCCUUUCUGACAGAUUUUAAAAAUUGAUAUGAUAAAAGCACAACUGCUAUGGAUUCUGCUGAGAACUCUCAUAGCAGGUAUAUAUGUGUUUUCACAGAGGACUGAAGAACACAACACGCAUGAUAUUUGUUUCUUUUUGAUAAAUUGGCAUGACAGAGUGGAAAAAAAGCAAUUCACAAACCAUUUCAUAUUUUUUAAAAUAGUGUGCUUAAAGAUGGUCCUGGAAAUAAAUGACUAGCAGCCAAUUGGUUUUUAUUUAUCUAACACACCCUCAAACUGAGGCUUAAAAUAUUCCCUUUUAUAAAAAUAAACCCUUAGGGUAGGGUGGGGUGGGGUGGAGAGGGAUUAAGAUCCAUCCAAAAAAAUAAAAACUAUAUAUAGGUGCUAUGUAUAUCUUUCAUCUGUAAAUGUCAGUGUCUAAACAGACAACACACAUUCUAAUCAUUACAUGUGUAGCCAGAGAAUCAAGCAUUUUCACUAAAUUUAUCAAACCAAACUUCUGUCAGUCAGAGUUCACUUAUACAACAUAGUCUGGGUAGUCUAGGGUUGAGGGAGAAAGGUGACUAAAAAUAUAUUUGAACUAGCUUCUUGUCUUAGGCCUGUACCAAGAAAAGAAAGCAAGCACAAAAUCAUCAAGAUUCACCCGAUGAGAACCCUUACCUAUGUGAGGUCAGGGAACAAGACAAGAAACUGGUCAGGUGUGAUUACCUUUUUGUCAAUGGGCAAUGAGUCUAUUAGCAUGUGAAAGGAAGAAAGGAGUAGAAACAGGAACCCAAUUUCUUAAAAGUAAAUUGGAGCUAAAUAGAACAGAAAUACUACAAUUCUGAAAUAUCAGACUAGCUAGGAAAGACUAGAUUUGAAAUAUCGAAUUGAUUUGCUUUUUCACAUGGGGAAAAGAAUCAGCAAUUUAAACUGAGUCCUUUGUUGGCAGGCCAGUUGACAAUUAUUAGCUGUCAAAAGUAGCACAGUCAUUUGGAGCUUUUCCUGGACAAGUAGCAUUGUACCUCCUUAGACAAAUGUAUAAUUUUAUGAGCUGUCAUCCUGAUUUGGAACUGUAUAUGAACAUGGCAUAUUUUUUUUUUUUUUUUUGCGGUACGCGGGCCUCUCAAUGUUGUGGCCUCUCCCGUUGCGAAGCACAGGCUC